UUCACGUGCUCUCUACGAGGGGCUUAAGGUUGCUGCAACUUCUGAUUUAAUGCUAGCAUAUGUGGAUUUCUUCCUUGGUGGAGAUGAAAAGAGGACUGAUCUUCCUCCUCGCCUUCAACAAAGAUUUCCAAUGCCUAUCAUUUUUGGAGGUGAUGGUAGUUUUAUGGCUCCAUUCUCACUCCAAGGCGAUAACAUUCUUACUAGUCUCAUGAGUCAGGUCAGUUUUGAGAUUUUUUGUAAAAUUGCCUGUGUGUGUAUGUGUCUCAGGUUGGAGGCAGGAUUGUUUGUUAUGUUUUCUUGGUUGGAGGCAGUGUGUUGGUUAUGUUUUCUUGGUUGGAGGCAGGGUGUUGGUUAUGUUUUCUUGGUUGGAGGCAGGCGGACUACUUCUGGUUAUUGCCAAUAUGGAUUAUUGGUGCAUGCUGUUGAAGAGGAUGACGACCAUGCAUCAAUGGAAAAUAUGCAUGGAGUGGAAACUGAUCAUUCAUGUGUCAAAAACAUGUAUAAAGAGAACUCAUCUCGUUACUUGAGAGAGGAUCUGCUCUUAAACCAAGACCAGAGAAACAGUGAACAUCAGAUGAGACGCAAAAAGAAUUACGGAGAAAUUAUAGAUACUAACAGCAUACAAAUGCUUGAACAGAAGAGAGAUAUAUUUUAUUUUCUCUCUUUUAUAGUUCAUAAUACUAAGCCUGUUGGUCACCAGGACCUUGUUGGCCUAGUUAUCUCAAUGCUACUUCUAGGAGAUUUUAGUCUAGUGUUGCUUACAUUGCUCCAGUUAUAUUCAAUUUCACUCGUGGACGUCUUUUUGGCUUUGUUUAUUUUACCACUCGGCAUACUUCUUCCUUUCCCUGCUGGAAUCAAUGCUUUAUUUAGUCAUGGACCCAGGCGGUCUGCGGGUCUUGCACGUGUGUAUGCAUUGUGGAAUCUAACAUCUUUAAUUAAUGUUGGUGUUGCUUUUCUUUGUGGAUAUAUUCACUAUAGCAGUCAAUCAUCAUCAAGUAAAAAGCUUCCAUUCUUUCAGCCGUGGAAUAUUAGCAUGGAUGAAAGUGAAUGGUGGAUUUUUCCAGCUGGACUGGUUUUGUGUAAGAUUUUCCAAUCGCAACUUGUAAACUGGCAUGUCGCAAAUCUGGAGAUUCAAGACCGCUCAUUGUAUAGUAAUGAUUUUGAGCUGUUUUGGCAAUCAUGACACCAGUAAAUUAUAUAUUCUGCAUUAACGAGCUGCUUUUCAUUCUUGGUUUUGUUUUUGAACUUGUCUUCUUUUUUAUUUGUUAUUUGAGAGCAAGAGGUGAGUGACUGACUGAUGCAUAGAACUAGAAAUACCGAAAUAGAAACAAAAAAAGAAAUUAAAGGGGGUGGGGGGGGAAAUAACAGGGAUAGGCAAUUCAUUCAUGUAAUUUUAAUUGAUCACAGUUUUCUCUUUGAACUUAUUCUUGGUUUAAUUUUUUUUCCUUAAUUUCCAAUGUAAAUAAUCAAAUGGUGAGAUAUUUUGCCUUUUGAUUCAUUUUUCUUUUUUGUGUAUUAUCACAUUGGAAAGCUGUUUGGGUCGUGAAUUUUCAAUUGGCCUUCUGUUAGAGUGUAUAGUCUGAUUGUAAUAGCAUACCGUUAUAUAACUUUUCUAUGCAAUAUAAUUAA